AUGGAACACCGUGUCGGCACCGUCGUGAAGAGGCUCCGUCUGGCACGCCGCUGGUCAGCCGGUGGGAUGGAUCUUCAAAUCGGCAUCGCUGACAAUACUCGCUCUCCUCAUCCUACCUCUUCUUCCUCUUCCUCUGCCUAUUCUUCUCCUUCGCCAUCUUCUUCUCCAUCUCCUUCCCGCCGCCCCACUCGUCGCCAGACUGGCAGGGUGAGUCCGCUAACUCUGGCAGCCUGGAAUGUUCGUUCCCUUUUAGACAAUCCGAUGUCCAAUCGACCAGAACGGAGGACGGCGCCAGCGGCCCGGGAACUGGCGCGCUACAAGGUGGACAUCGCCGCACUCAGCGAGACUCGAUUCUCCGAACAAGGUCAAUUGGAGGAGGUGGGUGCCGGCUACACAUUCUUCUGGAGCGGUCGCCCCAGGGCAGGGCGACGAGACGCGGGCGUCGUCUUCGCCAUUCGGAACGACGUCGUGGGGCGACUGCCCUGUUUGCCGCAGGGCAUCAACGAUCGUCUGAUGAGCCGCCGUCUGCCUCUCUGGGGUGGCACAUUCGCCACCAUCAUCAGCGCCUACGCUCCGACGAUGACCAACCCCGACGCCGUCAGAGACAAAUUCUACGAGGACCUGCACGCCCUCUUGGCGACUGUGUCGAAGGCGGACAAGUUGAUUGUCCUUGGUGACUUCAACGCCCGCGUCGGCACAAACCAUGCUGCCUGGAGAGGACUGCUGGGUCCCCAUGGUCUCCGCGACUCAAACGACAACGGCCCGCUGCUCCUCCGCACCUGCGCAGAACACCGCCGCAUCCUGACGAACACCUUCUGUUUGCCGGAGCGAGAGAAGGCCACUUGGAGGCAUCCUCGGUCACGUCAGUGGCACCUACUAGACUAUGUCCUCGUCCGGAGGCGAGACCAGCGGGACGUGCUGGUGACAAAGGCGAUCGCGGGCGCUGACGGGUGGACCGACCAUCGCCUCGUCAUCUCGGAGAUGCGUAUUCGCCUACCGCCUCGCAGGAGACCACAAGAUAUGCGACCCCCAGGUAAGCUGAAUAUUGCCUUGUUGUCUUUGCCCGCUCACCAUCUCUAUUUUAGCAAUGAGCUAGCUCAACGGCUAGACAACCUUCCUAUCGCUGCCGCCGCCGAUGCUGCCGCUGCCGAGAACGCCUCCGUGGAGAACCGCUGGUGUCAACUGCGAGACACGGUCCAGACGACGGUGCUAGCCGUCCUCGGUCGCGCACGCCGCCAACACCAGGACUGGUUCGACGACAACGACGCCGCCAUCAGCAAUCUACUCGCCGAGAAGAACCGCCUACACAAAGCCUACGUAGACCACUCACUGACGACAACAAAUCUGCUUUUAACCGCAGUCGCCGCCACCUUCAGCAACGACUGCGCGAGGUGCAGAACGCCUGGACUGCUCGCAAAGCUGAGGAGAUCCAAGGCUACGCGGACCGCAACGAGUGGAAAACUUCUUCUCCGCGAUCAAAGCUGUCUACGGUCCGCCGACGAAGGGCACUGCUCCACUCCUCAGCGCCGACGGCAGUACCCUCCUGACUGAGAAGACACAAAUUCUACAGAGAUGGGCCGAGCAUUUCCGAGGCGUCCUCAACCGCCCCUCCGCCAUCUCCGAAGCCGCCAUCGCCCGUUUGCCGCAAAUGGAGGCCAACGUGGACCUCGAUCUCCCGCCAUCCCUCCAGGAAACCAUUAGGGCCGUGCGGCAACUCUCCAGCGGGAAAGCACCCGGAUCGGACACAAUCCCUGCUGAGGUCUACCAGCAUGGAUGUCCCCAACUGAUGGAUCAUCUGAUUGCGCUCUAUCAGGAGAUGUGGCGCCAAGGUGAAGUCCCGCAAGAUUUCAAAGACACAACAAUCGAGCAUCUCUAUAAGCGCAAAGGGAAUCGCCAAGUCAGCGACAAUCACCGCGGCAUCUCCCUGCUGAACAUCGCCGGGAAGAUCUUCGCACGAAUCCUCCUCAACCGCCUCAAUAACCAUCUGGAACAGGGCCUUCUGCCGGAAAGCCAAUGCGGCUUCCGUUGUCACCGUGGGACCACGGAUAUGAUCUUCGCCGCCCGUCAACUUCAGGAGAAGUGUCAGGAGAUGCGGACCCACCUGUACUCUACCUUCGUGGACCUGACGAAAGCCUUCGACACGGUGAAUCGUGAAGGACUGUGGAAGAUCAUGCAGAAAUUCGGCUGUCCGGAGCGAUUCACUCAGAUGGUGCGUCAGCUGCACGACGGUAUGAUGGCGCGAGUCACGGACAACGGAGCUGUCUCAGAGGCAUUCGCAGUGACCAAUGGAUUGAAGCAGGGCUGCGUACUGGCGCCCACCCUCUUCAGUCUUAUGUUCUCUGCCAUGCUGAUGGACGCCUACCGCGACGAACGCCCCGGGAUCCGCAUCGCCUACAGGACGGACGGUCACCUCCUGAAUCAACGGCGGAUGCACUUCAAAUCGCGCGUAUCCACAACCACCGUGCACGAACUCCUCUUCGCCGACGACUGCGCCCUGAACACCACCUCGGAAGAGGAGAUGCAACGGAGCAUGGACCUGUUCUCCGCCGCCUGCGAGAACUUCGGUCUGUUCAUCAACACACAGAAGACGGUGGUGAUGCAUCAACCGCCACCCAACACAGCCACUCCUCCCAACGCGCCGCAAAUCAGUGUGAACGGAACUCAACAGCAAGUGUUGGAGAACUUCCCGUACCUGGGCAGCACCCUCUCCCUUAACACAAAAAUCGAUGACGAGGUCGCUCGCAGGAUCUCGAAAGCCAGUCAAGACUUCGGCCGCCUACAAAGCACAGUCUGGAAUCGUCACGGUCUCCAACUGAGCACGAAGCUGAAGAUGUACAAGGCCGUCAUCCUGCCGACGCUGCUGUACAGAGCGGAGACUUGGACAGUAUACACAAGGCAGGCACGUCGAAUGAACCACUUUCACCUCAGUUGUCUCCGUCGCAUCCUGGGGCUGAACUGGCUGGAUCGAAUCCCCGACACUGAUGUGCUGGAACGGACGGGAAUCGUCAGCAUCUACACCAUGCUGAGACAAAUGCAGCUGCGCUGGAGCGGCCACCUGGCGCGCAUGGACGACGAGCGACUAACCAAACGACUCUUCUACGGAGACGUCGCGACGGGUUCUCGCCGUCAAGGAGGCCAAAUUCGUCGAUACAAGGAUACUCUGAAGUCCUCCCUGAAACAUCUGCAAAUCAACUCCACCAACUAGGAAGAGCUCGCCCUCGACCGACCGACCUGGAGGAGGAAAGUGAAGAUAGGCGCUGCGAUCUAUGAGGCCAACCAAAUCGCCGCUGCCAAAGUGAAACGCGAAGCACGCAAAUCCCAGCUACGCCCCGUCCGCAACGCCGACGCGCAACUGCUUCCAACGUUUCCUCGGUGUCAACGGACAUUCCGGGCACGAAUUGGGCUCAUUGGACACCUUCUGACCAACUGCACCUCGCAUACCGCACCAACCGCCGCCCCUACGCCCGCCUCUGCCUCAGCCUCUCCGCCGCCAACUAACUCUGACAAUCCUUCUGAACCACCACUUCCGUCCUCCCCCUCCUCUUCUUCCUCUUCCUCCUCCUCGUCCUCCUCCCCCUCUUUCCCCUCAUCCUCCUCCUCUUCCCCCGCCUCUUCCUCUACCUCCUGCCCCACUGCACCAACCACGGCCGCUCUGGUGGCCGUCACUCACACCAGUAUCACACAUAUCCAUGCCACAACAAAAGACACCACCCUUCCAAACUCCGACUCCAGGGGUGAGGACUAG